ACCUUCCUCACUUGUUUGCCCCUCUCUUUCUCUCUAUAUAUAAAGCUCCCAAGAGCUCUAUAUACUUGCACCAUCACAUCUCAAGCUUACUCACAGACUUCAUAUCUAUUACAAAACCAACAUUUCCUCCGCCGUGCUCUCUCUCAUUGCUGUCAAAGUAAAUCUCUUGAAGAGUUUUCUUUUUUCUUUUUCCUUUUUUUCUUUUAAAUCUGAAUAUCGAUCCUUCAAAUUAGCAAUCUUUAUCAGCCACAUUUUAACGUGUAAAGCACGCAUUCAAUAGAUGGAUAGAGUGGCGAAGUUGGCGUCGCAAAAGGCAGUGGUGAUCUUCAGCAAGAGUUCGUGCUGCAUGUGCCAUGCGAUCAAGAGAUUGUUCUAUGAACAGGGAGUUAGCCCAGCAAUUUAUGAGCUAGAUGAAGACUCAAGAGGAACAGAAAUGGAAUGGGCCCUUAUGAGGCUAGGGUGCAACCCUUCGGUCCCUGCAGUUUUCAUUGGAGGCAAAUUCGUUGGCUCUGCUAAUACUAUCAUGACUCUUCACCUUAAUGGCUCCUUGAAGAAAUUGCUGAAGGAAGCUGGAGCUCUAUGGCUUUAGUAGCUAUCAAUUCCCAGUGCAGCCUUUUCAGGCCGUUCUUAAUCAUACUAAGUUUAAAAUAAAUAUUAAUAACUAACUAAUUAAGAUGUAUUUUCCGCUUCUUUCCUGUUUCCUUUUUGUCUUUAACAUCUGGCGGCUGUCGAAAGUAUAUCCGUAUUGUAUGGAAAAUAAUCUAUAGAGUCUAUAGAUAUAUCCCAGUGUAAAUAUCAUUAUGUUUGAAUUUAUUAUAAUACAAUGUUUCAUGUGACUAUUACAUA